AUGUUGCCUUCGAAAAAGCACCAAACAGAUUUGAAGGAGGUGGAAGCUUCAAAAAGGUUAAGAACACGCAUCGGCAAUUUGAUGCUGAGCAAUACCAUUUCUGGUAUCGAAGCUAGCCGCCUCUUUCGAGAUGCGGACUUAGCCAAUGCAGAAAAUGUGAAGGAUUUGGCUGCAUGUGGCACCGGCCGAGCGGAUGACAUCCCUAAGAAAAGGGAUUUGGUGCGCCGCCUUGGCAUUAGCCGGCAUUGGCCGGAUCCGUAUUGGUGCAAGCUGCCGCUUUGGUGCAUGGCUCGGCAAGUGGCAACCGAGGAGUGGGUGCCACUGUGGCUUCCCCAUGAGCUGCUGCAUGCACUGGAUUCCAAGGCUGCCGGCUUAAACACCAUGAGGGAUUUAAGCUGCAUGGAGCCGGGCGAGGUGGCUCUGCUCCGCCAGUGCUGUGAGAAGGCUGGUUUGGAAGAGGGCUCUGCAGUGGCCCUGGGGAUUUGGGGCGAUGGGGUUCCGAUCACUCGUGAUCGUACCCAAUCGGCGGAAGUCUUAUCCCUCAACAUUCUCAGCCACUCUCAGCGAGGUGCAUUGCGAUUUCCCUUAGCCUUGAUGCAAAAGCAUUUGAUGUUGAAGGAGUUCACAUGGGAUGCUGUCUUGUCGAUCAUGGCCUGGUCCUUCGCUUUUCUCGCAGCAGGCAUUUCGCCAUCGAGUCGCCACGAUGGGAUGGCAUGGUUGCCUAGCGACAAAGCAAGGAGGGCACGAAGCGGAUUGCAACUACCCAGGGCAUUCCUGAUUCAAGUCCGAGGCGACUGGGCCUUCUACAAGCAGACGUUGUACAUGCCGGCCUGGAACAGGAAAGAUGGCUGCUGCUGGUUGUGCAACAUCAAGCCCUCCGAGCUGCAUAUGGUGGCUCCUAACUCUCCCUGGAUGCACAAUCGCAAGUCGCACUGGGAUGCCGUGUGCGAGAUGCCCAGGAAGAGCCCUCUGCUUGGUUCUCCUUUUUUUUCGCUGGCAAUGUGCCAGCUCGAUUGGCUCCACAUAGUGGACAUCGGGGUGGCCCUCGAGUUUCAAGGAAGCUUAUUUCACUACGUGUGCUUGAAGAAACUGCGAGGCAACCUGCAAGUGGCAUGCCGUGAGCUGUUUUUCAUGAUCAAGGAAUAUUAUUCCGCCAACAGUGUCGGAAGCCAGUUGGGCGAACUGAAGCCCACUAUGCUCAAGGGUAAAGGAAAACCAUACCCAAAGCUUCGGGCGAAAGCGGCGGAGAGCCGAGCAUCGGUGCCGUUCAGCGAGAUCCUGGCCCAGGCCGUGCUAGUCCCCGAAGAGCCCUUCGACAACAUGCUCAUGAAAGCUGCCAGCUCCUUCGCUCGCUGCUACGAUCAGCUUUCCAAGGACUCCUUUCAGCCGGCCACUUUGGCACAGGAGGCCUUCGAAUUCGCUUCGAGAUACGUGGAUCUCAACAAGGAGGCGGAGAGACUAGGCAUGAAGCUUUUCAAAAUAAAGCCUAAGUUGCACAUGUUUUUGGAAUUGUCUUACUGCUGCACCUGCUCUCCUUCAGCGAACUGGUGCUACAGGGAUGAGGAUUUUGCUGGCAAGGUUGCAAUGGCAGCUUUUCGGCGAGGCGGUGCCAACACCGUGCGAGCACUGGCAGAGUCUUACUUCUUACGCUGGAAAUCCAUGUAUGCAGUUCCAGAAUUGUGCUGA